GUUUGGUUGACUUGGUUACCGGAGGCACUAGUAGUAGCAGCAGGAAGUCGUCAUCAUCCAGAAGUUGUCGACGUUACUGGGGCUAGAGUAUAAGGAAUGUAAAUGUCGGAGGACCAGGAAGCACAGGAGGAUGAGUUGCUUGCUCUAGCGAGUAUUUACGAUGAAGAGGAGUUUCACAGAGCAGAAUCAGCACAGGGUGGAGAAAUACAACUAUGUCUUGAACUUCCUACUGGUUUCAAGUUGUUAGUCCAAGGGGAUAAGAAGACAGAAUAUGACGUAUCUUUCCUACCUCCUCUGGUACUUAACUUUGAACUUCCUGGCGACUACCCUUCUUCUUCUUCUCCGGUCUAUACACUGAGUUCCAAAUGGCUGUCAAGGGACCAGAUGACCUCUCUCUGCAAGCGCCUCGACGAGUUGUGGGAGGAGAACCAGGGAUGCGUUGUCCUCUUCACAUGGAUCCAGUUUCUUAAGGAGGAGGCCUUGGCCUUCCUGGAUGUCAAGUCUCCGCUAGAAGUUGUGAAGGUGGCCAAGGCUCCGGUUGAGCGGAAGAGGAUCGAGGCCGGGAUGAGACGUGCGGCGUGUCUAACGGUGGAGACUGACAAUCUGGAUCCUCAGCUAGAGCUGGAUGCCCGGGCUGUGCUGGUGGUGGACCCCCGCACUGAUAUCCUACCUCAACUCCUGGACUUUGACGAAGCUCAGAGGCAGAAGGUGUUUGACUCCAAGUCAUUUUGCUGUGGUAUCUGCUUUAUGGAGAAACUGGGCUUGGCCUGCCUGUGCUUCAAGGAAUGCCAGCACGUGUACUGCAAGGCAUGCAUGACCGAAUACUUCCAGAUUCAGAUCCGCGACGGCAACGUUCAGUGCCUUAACUGCCCCCAGCCCAAGUGCAGCUCCUUGGCUACGCCCUCACAGGUCAAGCUCCUUGUCGGGGAGGAGUUAUUCGCUCGCUAUGACCGCCUCUUGCUCCAGUCCAGCCUGGACCUGAUGGCUGACGUCGUGUACUGCCCUCGCCAGUCGUGCUGUCAGGCCGUAAUGGUGGAGCCAGACACCACCAUGGGCAUCUGCCCUGCCUGCCAGUAUGCCUUCUGUACCCUCUGCAAACGAGGAUACCAUGGUCUGUCCCACUGCAAGGUCACAGCAGAUGAACUGCGUGGCCUGAGGGAUGAAUACAUCUCUGCCAGUGCCGAGGGGAAGAAGUUCAUGGAGAAGCGUUUUGGGAAGCGGGUCAUCCAGCGGGCCGUGGAGGAGUCCUUCAGCAGGGACUGGCUCAGCGAGAACUGUAAAGGCUGUCCGCGCUGUGGCACUAACAUACAGAAGGUGGACGGCUGCAACAAGAUGACGUGUACCUCGUGCAAGCAGUACUUCUGCUGGCUGUGUCUGGGCCAGCUCACGCGUGUCAAUCCAUACAGCCACUUCAACAACCCCUCCUCGCCCUGCUACAACCAGCUGUUCCAGGGUGUGGAUAUUGAAGAAGAAGAUGCCUUCUGGAGUGAUGAAGAGGACUGAAAUGUGCAAUACCUCCCUGUGUGCUUCAUUUGUAUGCACUUUAUAUUAGCCUCACUACAUUUACCAUGUAUGGAUUUCCCCUGUACCAUUUCUCAACAUCAUUGAUCAGACAGUUACUACCGCUAAAUAUGUCAUUUCUAAUGGGUGAACAGAGAGCAAUUCCAGUUAUAUAACGGCAUAUUAAUCCAACUCAAGCAGCCAAAUACUCAGGGCCAAUAAUUUCUGAUACCAGGCUUAUGUAGAGAUGGUAAGCUUGCAUACAAAAAAUGCAAAAAAAAAUUGGGGUUAGUUUCCCACAGAAAUGUCAACAUAUUAUUCUCAAUGUUAAAAUAAAUUCAGUUGAUCCAGAGAUGAGUCUUAAAAUCAUGAACAGCAGACAUUUUCGGAUUAUGUUUUUACCAUUUGCUUCCUUUAGAACCACUUUAAUCAUCUGUUGUUUUUUUCUUUUCAAUAAUGUUCACCAGGUUACCAUCCAAAGUAGUUAUGUAUGAUUUAAUCCAUGAGGUACAAGCUUAGUGUGAAAAGGCUAAAUAAACCUAUGUGAAAUGUCAAAUGCAUCCAAUGGCCCAAAGAAUAUUAUCUAAUUUUACAUAUUACACAACGCAGUUGUCCUUUAUUGCAUGCUUUUCUUAAGGUUUUCACCCAGAGGUACACUUUCAUUAUGCAUCAAUGUAUUUUAAUAGGACAUUGUGGUUUAGGUCAAAUAUCAGUAACAUUUUAUGUAACCACCCUGAUAUUUUGUUUACAACCUCUCAUUAUGACUUUGAAUUGCUGAAAGUGCAGCUGAUUAAAACUGGUCAUGGAAUUUGCAUUCUGUUAUUUGAUUGCAGUAGUAAAUUAAAAAAUAAUUUGUGUUUAACUAUA